AUGAUAUGGCCAUUAUUUAUUGUAAUACCUAUAUUUAUAAAAUAUUAUUCAAUAAAAGUUCAAUAUAUAAAAGAUUAUACUGGAAGGCAAUCAGUUAUUAUUAUUAAUGAAUAUGAUAAUAAUAUUUUAUGGCAGAUUACUUCAUAUAUUCAUUGUAUAACAUUAACAAUAAAUGGUAUUAUGACUAUUAUUUUAAUUCGUUUAUUAAAAAUAGAAUUAAAAAAAAUUAUUGAUACUAAUAAUUGUUAUAAAGUUGAUAUAUCAAUGACAAAAUAUGCCAUUAUAUACUUUAUAUUAUUUGGUUUUGUUGUUAUUGUAGAAAUACCAAUGACAAUUGCAUCAAAUUUAGAAUUUUAUGAUAUUGCUAAUGAUUUAUUAACAUUAACUGUUUUAUGUCAAAGUUUAAUUGUAUUUUAUCCUUCAUAUGGAUUACUUAUUCUAUGUAAAGAUAUUAGAAUAACAUUCUUUGAAUUUAUUGGUUUAAAAAAAAAUGAUACUAUAUCUCAUAUAUUACAUCAAAAAAAGAAUACAUCUAGAAAAAGAAGUCAACUUGUUAAAUAA